AUGGAGUCCGUUGCUGCACACAAAGAUGAAGUCACUCACGUUGAGUCGAAAAUUGACGAGUUGAAAAGAAAGUCUGUGGAUGCCAAAGACGUUGCAGAUCAUGAAGCUAAGAAUGGUAACGAUGAGCCAGUUGUCAAGAAGAUAAGGAAAGAGACUGAUGAUAAUGAUGGCGACGAAAAGGCUCACAGUCCAGAGAAUAGACCAACCGAGGGUGAGUUGUACGAAGAUGGUAACGAAGACGAUGCCUCACAAGACACCAAAGGCACCAAUGGAACAAGCGAACAUGUGAACGGCAGUAACGGCGAACAUGUCGGUGAACAUCAAACUGAAAAAUCAGAUGAAGGGUCCGAUUCGGAAUCGGAAAGGGGUGAUGCACCUUCAGUUGACAAGGAGUCAAACGAAGAGGCCAGUGAUUAG